GGAGGAUUCACUAUUAAUCGACGUCUUAUAUGGAGGUACGUCGCAAUAGUGCAUUUCUCACGCAGCCCCAACAAUGUUGUCCGACUGGCAAGUAUGGUUUGAUUGCAAAGGAAGCUGUGCACAUGUUCCGAGACGCGAACAAACCUGUUGGAGGUCGUCUCCUGCAAGUCUCCUCUGCCUCUGGGUGCAAGGCUUUCCCGCUUUCGGUUUCAACAUUGUGACGAAAAGUGCUGUGAUUGGGCUCGUGGAAGCCUUGGAUGGAGAACCCGACCCGGAGUGGAGUAUCAAGCCCAGGUCUGGAAAAUGAUCUGGUUCUUCAGGCUUUGAAAGACAGCCCCUCGGAUAUUGUCGGAACUCCGUGACAUCGGGAGUUUUACACUUUCAACAAUGGUGCUUGAAACUGCAUCCUUGAAAC